UGAAUUCAUAACGAUCAAGACAUCUCUCAAUUAAAUUAUAGAUACUGCAGAAUGGCUGGAAAUCAAUAUGGAUAAAUUCUACAGUGUUUCAAUGAUCACGAUAAUCAACCACGUUGGUUCAGAUUCUGCGAACGAGCUUUAUAAACGCCUGAUAGGUGCUUAUGUUUCAAUAUCGGAUAGAACAACAAGCAAAAUCUGUGGUCAGGUAAUAGAUGAAACCAUGGUCAACAGAAGCGCCAUUGUUAACGUCAUAUGCAAUCCACCGCUGAUUGGGCAAUUUGUAAAUGUGAAUUUUGGAACGCAAAACAUCGGGGAAAACAUCUGUGAAGUUCGGGUCUACAGCGAUGAAAUCGAAAUAAGUGAGUGUUUUUUGGAAACAUAUAUGCAAGACUACAGAGGUAUCGUCGGUAAAACAGCAAGUGGUUACCUUUGCCAAAAAUGGUCUGUUCAAUGGCCUCAUACCCAUUCAUACGCUCCUCUUCCGCACAACCUUUGUCGCGCUGUUACUUAUCAUGAGGUGUGGUGUUACACUGUAAAUCCUGCUGUCAGGUGGGAAAGGUGUGACAUUCCUGCUCUCGGUGAAACCUGUCCCCGUGCUCCAUUCACACGAAACUUACAUCCGUUGAACACUUGUUAUCGAGAUUCUUAUUGGUUGCUGUUCAAAGAGUCAAUGCUUAUAGCGGCUGUAGCUGACUUAAGUAGACAGACUGUCAAAAUAAACGUCCCAAUGAACAUCAAAGCUAGAAUACCUAAUGACGGAAGAUUUCAGCAGUGCGGAAAUACUUUAACACUUGCGUUCUACAUUUUUCCUUACCGAAUUUCAAACGGUCCAAUAAUAGCAUUCGGAAAUGACAACACGCGGUUUUCUAUCGUUCAGACACUCGCGAAUGAUGCCCUUUAUAACUCCGAGGUAAUUGUUUAUUAUGGAUUAGAAGCGGCUGUCAACGCAAAAGUACUUUUACCUGAGACUUGGACAUUUCUUGCCGUCACGUUUGACGGCCAGCACAAAGUUCUGAGACUUUGGCGGGAUGGAGAAAUUGCAAGCAUUGGAAAUACUGGUUUUACAAGCAUUCGGAUGGAUUUCGAUGACAUCGAAGUUGGGUCGGAUGCAGUGGGGUAUGAUGGUGUAGUGGCUGAAGUAGGCUACCUGCAAAUUUACGACCGUAUCUUGAACGAAGCAGAGAUGAAAGCAGCCAGAGACAAACAGAUUCCUAAAUGUGAUGGCUUGUUUCAUGUUACUUCGUCAUCUGGUUAUUCAGAAGAUCAACCUAUGGUAAAUUCAAAAGUACCAUCUACCAUUAUGUGUGCCUUCAGAUGUCAUCAAAACCUGGAUUGUUUUGUAUUUCGAUACAACUCGGAAACCAGAGUGUGUACAGAGUAUCAGACGAAUAUUUUAGAUGCAUCAAAUAAUCAUCCGAUUUACAAAUGGAAGUAUAGGCAUGCACAUAAAACUUGAGGGAUCUCCUGCUAGAAAUAAUGGUUACUUUCCACAUACAG